AUGGCACGCAGGAAAAUCACAUUAGCAGAGCUUGAAGCUGAUGAAGAUUCAACUUAUCAUCAAACUGACCAACCCCUGCAGAAGAGGAAAAGGCGCAAUGUAAUUGAGGAUGAUAAUGAUGAAGGCGACGGGGAUUACCAAGCAGAUGAUGGUCAGCAGCAUGGGAGCAACAACAACAACAGCAGCAGCAGCAGCAACAACAACAACAACAGACAAUUACAAUCUCAUUUGCUGGAUACUCUUCAUGAACUGAUGCAUAAUGAACACGAUAUGCAACACGACGUAAACCAAGUGGUAAAGCUUAUUUUGUCAAGGGAAUUGAAAGGAGGUUUCUUCAAAAGGGAGUAUAUAAAUCAAAAUUUGAGUCAUAAGAAGUUCAAGAGUGAUUUGAUUUUGAAGGAGGCUAUACAGGUGCUUGAGAAUGUAUAUGGUUUGACAUUACAAGAAGCGCCUGCCAUGAAAGUUAAACAGGAUCGUGUCAAAGGGAGAAGGGCAGCUACAGCUACAGCUACAGGAUCAGGAUCAGCUAGUAGAACCGGAACCGGAACUGGACCUGGACUUGGACCUGGGAUAGCUACAGGAUCAUCACAGGGUAGUGUUAAGAAACCGUUGGUUGUUGUUAGCACUUUGUCGCGAGAGGCCAAGGAAGUGCUUGGUGAAUUGUGGUCAAGGGAUACCACUAGCUCUUUGGAUAUGAGUAAGCUUGGAAGCGACAAAUUCUUUAUGCCUCGUUACUCAAGGACAAAAACUUUGCCCAGCUCGAAUUUUGAUUUGGUGAAAGCAGGUAUUAUGAUGGUGGUGAUCACGUUGGUAAUUUUGAAUGAGAACCAUAUAUCUGAGCAACAACUCUUGCGAAGUUUAAAAACAUUUGGUCUACCUGAUGGGUUGCGACAGGCAAACUCAAAUAUAAACAUGAAUUCGCCUGAUUUGAUAAAGGAGUUGGUAGCGAGAGAGUAUUUGGUCAAAGAGGAGAUUUCCAUAGGCGAUAACAAUAGUGGUAAUGGUGCUAGUGGUGGCAAUGGUGGCAAUGGUGGUAAUGGUGCUAAUUCCCGUUAUAACUCAAGGACAAGUUCCAGAAACAAAGAUAAUGAUACAGACAAGGACAAGAUACUCGAAUAUUCUUUAGGACGACGGUCGCUAGUUGAGUUUACUGCACAAAGUGUAUUUGACUUUAUCAAGAUUGUGUAUGGUGACGAUUUCAGUGACACCAUCGCGGAGCUGACGAUUGUCACCAUUGAGCGAGCGUAUGGUGUUGCAUGGGCGCAAGAGGAGAGUUCUGUAAAUAGUCCUGCACCUGGAGAUGGAGAGGAGCAAGAAAGAGAAACGCAGCAAGAUGUUGAGGCUGUAUGA